CCACAGACUCUCUCUCAGCCACCCGAAGAGAACUCAAUGAGCUGAGCUUAUUCCUCUUUGUCUCUUGCUCUCACCAACCUUCUACUUCCGGAAAUGGCCGGUGAAUGCUAGCUGCCACCGGCUCCUACGCUCCGACCCUCGGGUUGGAUGCGCCGAGCCAGGCUGUGGAGACAACCACUCCGAGGGUCCUUUCCAUACUCUCGGGGGUCCUGGAGCGGCUGGUGGCCCGGAACGACCGGCUCCUGGCGAGCCGGCGAUUCGAGGCUGGAAAGAGCCUCAAGGGAUUCCACGGGGUCAGGGCCCCUGCUAUAAGCUUACCCAAGUAUUUGGAGCGGAUAUACAAGUACACAGGCUGUAGCCCGGCAUGUUUCGUGGUUGGGUACGUGUACAUUGACAGGCUGGUGCAUAGGCACCCCGACUCUCUCGUCGUGUCGCUGAACGUGCACCGCCUGCUUGUCACGAGCGUCAUGGUUGCUUCUAAGGUGCUUGAUGAUGUGCAUUACAACAAUGCGUUCUAUGCUCGGGUUGGGGGAGUGAGCAACGUGGAGCUGAACAGGCUUGAGAUCGAGCUGCUCUUUCUGCUGGACUUUGGAGUUGUGGUCAGCUCUGGGGUUUUCGAGAGCUACUGCCUACACCUCGAAAGGGAAGUCCUCAUCAAUGGCCUGGAAGGGAUGAACAGGAUUGACAAGGCACUUGCGCUGCCCAACAUUGGCCUAGAGCAUGUGCCCGAAAUUCCUGUAGGCAAUACUACGGCAAAAGGAUCUAAUGCUAGUUCUCCUCCUCCUGAUAAGCUCGAAGACUGACCCACAAAUUGCUCUCAUACGGUUCAGUAUCCUCCUCGGAUUUUCUCAUACUCCGGACUCUCUUCUUAGGAAAUCUGCUCUCUUGUAGUACAGUAUCCCCUGCAACCUGCAGUUUUUCAGAUUCUUCAAUUUACGAAGAUUCUCAUGUACCUUGUUCAGAAAAGUUACAGAAAUGAUUCCCAGAAACAUAGUAUGUCCUCGUCUUGGCGAAUGAUCUUGUCGGAAAUUCCACUA